UUUGUUUGUGCAACCAUGUUCAGAAACCCUUGGAUUUCCAGCUUUGUGGAAGCUCUUGAAUACUCUGAGGAGCAAGAUUUCAACAAGAAAAAGCCAAACCUCUUCCGGCUACCACAUCAAAGAAGAGUGUCAAGUUUUCAGAGAGAAUUUUCACUUGAAGAAAAGGAACAGCUUGCCAACCGUAGAAGGGAUAUUGAUGCUACUCUUUUAACUGUACUUCCCAAAGUUGCAGAAUUAAGAAAACUCUUUGAGCCAAAGAGAAAAGAAGUUUUAGAAAUGAAGAGAAAAGAACGCAUUGCCAGACGCUUGGAAGGAAUUGAAAAUGAUUCACAGCCCCUACUUUUGCAGAGCUGUACCGGAUUAGUUACCCACCGAUUACUAGAAGAAGACACUCCCAGAUACACGCGAGCCACAGACCCUUACAGCCCUCAUAUUGGUCGAUCCAAUGAAGAGGAGGAAACUUCAGACUCUUCUGUAGAGAAACAGCCUCGAUCCCAAUAUUGCAUAGAAACUACAGCCCUCAAUACAGAGUCCUCCUAUAGCCCAGUGACCAUGGACACCCAGGGACUGGACUCCAAAGCUGAAAGAAUAGCCAGAUAUAAGGCUGAAAGGAGGAGACAGCUUGCUGAGAAAUAUGGGCUAACCCUAGAUUCAGAUGCAGACUCUGAAUAUCUAUCACGUUACACUAAGACCAGGAAGGAUCAUGAUGUCGAGAGGAGGGGAGGCAAAAGUGAGAAACAGAAGGAGGAGAGCAAAGACUUGACUUAUCAUUAUUCUAGAAUUGAGACUGUGGAGCCCAGGAGCACCACUGCUGAAUCCAAGGACUAUGCCUUUCAUGGGAAUGAUGGUGUUCUUGAUAAGGAGGCGCUAUUGAAUGUGGAAAAUCACAGAAGAGCACAAGAAUUGAGUGCCAUUGGCCAUAUUGGCGAUUUGCCACCUACAGCUGAUAGUUCUCCCUCCUUUUCAUUUUCUGGACGAGAAUCCUCAUUCAGUGAUGUGCCAAGGUCUCCCAAGCAGAUCCGCAGGGUAUCCCUUUCUUCACCUAAGCAGCCAGCAUCACCGAGUCAUUCACUUACUGACUCACCAUUACAUGGUGAUUCCAGACCAAGCCCAGGGAAACCCAAACAUGAGUGGUUUCUCCAGAAAGAUUCCGAAGGAGACACACCUUCACUUAUCAACUGGCCUUCCAGAGUAAAAGUUAGAGAGAAAUUGGUGAAAGAGGAAAGUGCUCGAAGCAGCCCUGAAUGUACCUCAGAUUCUUUACCUCAGAGGAAGCACCAGCCAGCCUCAGUCCAUUGCAUGUCUCUGCAGUCAGAAACGUCUGCUUUUGACAGGGUGACCAGCAAGCCAGUCACUUCCACCCGCCAGCCAAUCCAUGGCUACAUUCAGCCGGCUGGUCAUGCUUACACUGCUAAGCUGGUAGCCUCUGAAAAACUAGAGAGUUUCUCUGGUAGCAGCCAGGUGGAACCAUCCGCUCCUGACAUAACAAAAUGUCCCAUGCCCAGUGCUACAGAAGAGGAAGGAAGAGAUGGGAACGUUGAGCUUCAUAUCUAUGAAUCUGACACCAAAGAAGACACCUUUAGAACAGAAGCACUUGGGAAAAGCAGGAAAACCUACCUUGAGGCUCCCGAGCUGGUGAAGAAUGGCGAAGACUCUUCUGGAAGUAGCAAGCAAAGGAGGCCAACCAUUAGCUCAGCUAUCCCAAGCAAGCAGAGAACCAAUGCCUCAGAACCUUGGCAGAACCUUGAGAGCCAAACCCAACCAUCCGAAGCCCAGUGCCAUCCCCCUGAGCAAAUUGGAAGGAGCGAAACGGUCAUGUAUAUACAAAAUCGACCUGCUUCCGAGGCCGCUCCACCCAAACGCCACAAGCAGGACGUCUCCACAAUGAAGCACAAACUCCUCACUCGAUCACUCUCUGAUCACACUGGUGACCCCAAACCAGAAAUCUUUAAAUGCAUGGAAACUGUUUCAAAGAAAGAGCCACAGUUUCAGCAUGCAAGAGAUGAGGCACAACCUGGAGAAGUUGGCACAGUGGACACAAAAGUCUCUGUUGCCCAGCUCCGAAAUGCCUUUCUGGAGUCUGCCAAUGCCAACAAGAAAUCUGAACUUCAAUCACGGGUUGAGCGGUCAACCACAGGGAUUGAUUUACCUACCAAAAUGGAACGGGAGAGAGGGUCCCGGAAGCCGAGACGGUAUUUUUCUCCUGGCGAAAGUAGAAAAACUUCUGAGAGAUUUAGAACUCAACCCAUAACUUCAGCAGAACGAAAGGAGAUGGAUAGAUCUACUUCAAAUUCAGAAAUGCCAACUGCUGAGGAUGAAGAAAAAGUGGAUGAACGCGCCAAGCUGAGUGUUGCUGCCAAAAGGCUUCUUUUCAGGGAAAUGGAAAAAUCAUUUGAUGAAAAAAAUAUUCCAAAGCCACGUUCCAGAAAUGCAGCCGUGGAGCGACGCCUGCGCCGUUUGCAGGACAGAUCUCACACACAGCCCAUCACCACUGAGGAAGUGGUCAUUGCAGCGACGGAAUCUAUCCCUGCUUCACAUUCUGUGACGAGCCACACUGUCAUGGCAAGAAUUCCUAAUCCCACUGUAGUUAAAAGUCCUGUACAACCUACCAGUUUGCAGGCAUCGGCACACCAAAAGGCACUAGCUAGAGAACAGGCAAAUGAGGCCAAAGAUUCUGCUGAACAAGGUGAACCUGAUUCCUCCACUCUGAGCUUAGCAGAGAAGCUGGCCUUGUUUAACAAAUUGUCUCAGCCAGUCUCAAAAGCGAUCUCUACCCGAAACAGAGUGGACACUAGGCAGAGGAGGAUGAAUUCUCGUUACCAAACUCAACCAGUCACACUUGGAGAAGUGGAACAGGUUCAGAGUGGAAAACUCACUCCUUUCUCCCCUACUAUUAACACAUCUGUGUCUACUGUGGCAUCGACAGUUGCUCCAAUGUAUGCAGGGGAUCUACGAGCUAAGCCAUCGGCGGAAGAAAAUGCAGGUGCUGCUGACUUCGGAUUCCAUUCAAUGAUGGAAAAUGCAGACGCUCCAGUGAAGAGCAUCCUAAAGUCACAAAUGUGGCAACCUUUGGGGGAGGUUAUCGGAAGUAGUCGAGGAUGGAGGGAAUUCGGGGAGACGGAAACUGAAAGAGUCCUAGCUCAAGAUGAGAGUGAGAUGAAGAACAGGUUCUUUGAGGAAGAAGGGAGUUCCUGCCUCUUCCCAAAUAAAAGUGGGGAAAGGGACAACCAAAGAAAAUCUGCUCCGAGGAAAGGUAGCGUGGAGCACACUGACCCCCUAGAGCUGCGGGGGGUUUUGGUCUCCAAAAGCACUGGACAGGGCAAACAGAACCUGAAGGAAAUGCAGUCCUUGGAGGAGAAGAUGGAUUUGGAGAAUGGCACAAAAAGCAGGUUCAUGCUAAGAGAGCCUGCUGAGCCCACGUCCGAACUCCUUGGCAUGACAGCUACGAAAACUGUUUCUCAGACCGCAGUCCUGGGCUCCAGUAGACGAGAGUUUUUGGAACAAUCAGAGGAAAGACUCUCCAGGAAUCCAUGUAGGAUGUUUGCUGGUGGAGAGAGCAAAGUGUCAGAGGAGGCCCUUGAUGCAUCUAGCAAAACAAUGUCGAUCAAGGAAAGGUUGGCACUACUGAAAAAGAGUGGAGAAGAAGACUGGAAAAUCCGACUUAGCAAGAAGCAGGACUAUAGCAAAGUGUGUGUCACCGAGCGGAGCACCCGGCUGCAGGAGUCUGAGCAGUCGUUCAAGAAGAAGGAAGAAGGAGGAUUUACAGAUGAUAAUGCCAUUUCUAAUCUGCUUUGGGAACCUGUAUAUGCUUCUACUUACUCUCCUGCUAUGCCUGCUGUCCAUAAAUACCAGUCUUUUGUACCCAUUAAUCAGCAGAGGAUGGCAGAAAGUCAGGAAAGCCAAAUGACAAUUGAAGAGAGGAAACAUCUUAUUACUGUAAGAGAAGAGGCCUGGAAGACCAGAGGAAAAGGAGCAGCCAAUGAUUCUACCCAAUUUACUGUUGCUGGCAGGAUGGUAAAGAAAGGUUUGGCAUCACCCACGGCCAUAACGCCAAUAAGCUCCCCCUUCAGCAAUAGAACAAAGGGAACCACACCAAUCUCCAAGCCCCUUGAAGAUAUAGAAGCCAAACCCGAUAUGCAGUUAGAAUCUGACCUGAAGUUAGAUAGGCUGGAAUCAUUUCUAGGGAGGCUGAAUAACAAAGUUGGUGGUAUGCAAGAAACCAUUCUCACUGUUACUGGAAAAACUGUGAAAGAGGUGAUGAAACUGGAUGACUAUGAGACCUUUUCCAAAUUUUACCGCAGCGUGGAUUCACCUGUGCCUCUAGGAAGAGUGGAGCUAAACGAGGACUUUGAUGCCAUCUUUGAUCCUUAUGCUCCCAAGCUGACUUCUUCUGUAGCAGAGCACAAACGCGCUGUUAGGCCUAUGCGCAGAGUUCAGUCUUCAAGAAAUCCUUUGAAAAUGUUGGCAGCAAGAGAAGAUAUUCUUCAAGAAUAUACUGAACAGAGAUUAAAUGUUGCUUUCAUGGAGUCAAAGCGGAUGAAAGUUGAAAAAAUGUCUGCCAACUCGAAUUUCUCAGAAGUCGCCCUGGCCGGAUUAGCUAGUAAAGAAAAUUUCAGCAGUGUCAAUCUACGGAGUGUCAACCUAACAGAACAAAACUCCAACAACAGUGCUGUGCCUUACAAAAAACUGAUGUUGCUACAAAUUAAAGGAAGAAGAAAUGUGCAGACGAGAUUAGUGGAGCCACGAGCUUCAUCACUGAAUGGUGGCGAUUGCUUUCUGCUGUUAACUCCCCACUACUGCUUCCUGUGGGUAGGAGAGUUUGCAAAUGUCAUUGAGAAAGCUAAGGCAUCAGAGCUUGCAACUCUAAUUCAGACGAGGAGAGAACUCGGCUGUAGAGCUACUUAUAUUCAGACCAUAGAAGAAGGAAUAAAUACGCAUACCCAUGCAGCAAAAGACUUCUGGAAACUCCUGGGUGGCCAGACGAGUUACCAAUCUGCCGGAAAUCCAGAAGAAGAUGAAUUGUAUGAAACUGCCAUCACAGAAACUAAUUGUGUUUAUCGCUUAGUAGAAGAUAAACUUGUUCCUGAUGACUACUACUGGGGCAAAAUACCAAAAUGUUCCCUUCUGCAGCCAAGAGAGGUCUUAGUGUUUGAUUUUGGCAGCGAAGUUUAUGUAUGGCAUGGGAAGGAAGUCACAUUAGCACAGAGAAAAAUAGCCUUCCAAUUGGCAAAACACUUGUGGAAUGGGACCUUCGACUAUGCCAAUUGUGACAUAAAUCCUUUAGACCCUGGAGAGUGCAAUCCUCGUAUACCCAGAAAAGGACAGGGGCGACCUGAUUGGGCAAUAUUUGGAAGACUCACUGAGCACAAUGAGACUAUUCUCUUCAAAGAAAAAUUUCUUGACUGGACUGAAAUGAAGAAGCCUUAUGAAAAGAACUCCAGUGAGCUCACCCCACAGAAGGAAGACUCUAGGUCUGAGGUUAAAGCCUACGAUGUAAUGCUGAUGGUGCCAGUGCCCCAAGUGACUGUUGGCACCAUCUUGGAUGGAGUCAAUGUUGGCCGUGGCUAUGGACUUAUCGAAGGGGAUGACCGGAGGCAAUUUGAGAUUGCCAGUGUUUCUGUGGAUGUUUGGCACAUCUUGGAAUUUGACUACAGUAGGCUCCCCAAACAGAGCAUUGGCCAGUUCCAUGAGGGAGACACGUAUGUUGUGAAAUGGAAGUACAUGGUGAGCACUGCAGUGGGGAGUCGGCAGAAGGGUGAGCACCCGGUCAGGACAGCCGGCAAGGAGAAGUGUGUCUACUUUUUCUGGCAGGGCAGACAUUCGACCGUGAGUGAGAAAGGCACGUCGGCGCUGAUGACUGUGGAGCUGGAUGAAGAGAGGGGGGCCCAGGUUCAAGUGCUUCAGGGAAAGGAGCCGCCAUGUUUUCUGCAAUGCUUCCAAGGAGGAAUGGUUGUACACGCAGGGAAGCGAGAAGAAGAAGAAGAAAAUGCACAAAGUGACUGGAGAUUGUACUGUGUCCGAGGAGAAGUUCCCAUUGAAGGGAAUUUACUUGAAGUUGCCUGUCACUGUAGCAGCCUGAGAUCCAGGACUUCCAUGAUUGUUCUCAGUGUCAAUAAAGCCCUCAUGUACCUUUGGCAUGGGUGCAAAGCACAGGCCCACACGAAGGAUGUCGGGAGGAAUGCCGCACAUAAAAUCAAAGAGCAAUGUCCACUGGAAGCGGGAUUGCAUAGUAGCAGCAAGGUGACAAUACAUGAGUGUGAUGAAGGGUCAGAGCCGUUGGGAUUCUGGGAUGCAUUAGGAAGGAAAGAUCGGAAGGCAUACGACUGCAUGCUGCAAGAUCCUGGAAAGUUUAAUUUCACGCCCCGCCUGUUCAUCCUCAGUAGUUCAUCUGGAGAUUUCUCAGCCACCGAAUUCAUGUAUCCUGCCCGAGAUCCUUCUGUGGUCAAUUCCAUGCCCUUCUUACAAGAAGACCUGUACAGUGCCCCGCAACCAGCACUUUUCCUUGUUGACAACCACCAUGAAGUGUACCUCUGGCAAGGGUGGUGGCCGAUGGAGAACAAGAUAACAGGCUCGGCCAGGAUUCGCUGGGCCAAUGACCGAAAGUGUGCGAUGGAGACGGUGCUUCGGUACUGCAAAGGAAAAAAUGUCAAGAAACCCCCCAAGUCCUACCUUCUUCAUGCUGGUUUAGAACCUCUGACCUUCACCAAUAUGUUUCCCAGUUGGGAACAUAGAGAAGACAUUGCUGAAAUCACAGAAAUGGAUGCCGAAGUUUCUAAUCAGAUAAUCCUCGUGGAAGAUGUGUUAGCCAAGCUUUGUAAAACCGUUUAUCCACUAGCUGAUCUCUUAGCCAGGCCCCUCCCUGAAGGAGUUGAUCCUCUGAAGCUUGAAAUUUACCUUACAGAUGAAGACUUUGAAGUUGCACUAGACAUGACCAGAGAAGAAUAUAGCAUGCUACCAUCUUGGAAACAGGUGAACCUUAAGAAAGCGAAAGGUCUUUUCUAAGCAUCGACGCUGCCAGUGGAAGAUGAGGCCGGAGAAAUCUCUGUUGUCACUUCAUGUACCAUUGGGCCAAGAAGAUGGACAUCUAUUUGGACUGGUCUUCAAAUUUUUAAAAUCAAAUUAGAAGCGAUUUGAAGUUAUUAGAUACUGCCCUGAGCUGGAGUUGUGUAAUUUUGUAAAUGUGUAAGAGAACUCGUUGGAAACUUUCUCCCCCCCUUACUCAGAGGGUACUUCCUGUUUGUAAACUUGGCUCUCCUGUGCACUUGAAGCAGUAGCCCCUCACAGCUGCUGCUGAGCCCUCCUCUGGCUCCCUCCGGCCUCUGCCUAUUCAUUUUUGAAGACGCUCUUUGUAAAGUGUUAUUUUGUUAGCUUGAGGUUUAUUAAAAAAAAAUUAUAUUUAUAUAAACACCAUAUAGUUCAAGUAUGUAUUUAACAAAGCAAUAUGUAUUCACUUAAAAAAAAUUUUUUUUUGGUGUCAAAACAAUACCAAGAAGUAGAUGGAGUUGCUUCUACUGAAUUAUCUAUCCCACCAGUAUAUGUAUGUUAUAUACAUUCUGAAACGUUUCCUUUGGCAAUGGGCAAGGAGCUGUUCUAAGGACCGCUGCCCGGGCUAAAAGGAACAAAACCUUUGUACUUAUGGCUGGGGACUCUUGAGAAACUCUGCCACCUUCAUACCUUAACAUCCAAAACAAACAAUAAAUGUAUAGUGCCUUGUUUUGUGUACAGUUUAUAUACAGAAAAGUUUGGGUCAGCCUUUUUGAAGAUGGUUUGGAACAGUAUCUACAAUUUUACUUUACAAUGAUAGAAGUUAAAAAAAAAUCUCAAUUUAUAAUACUUGUAAACACAUCUUUUUGUGAUAUAAGACUCCAAAGUAAGAGCUUCAAAAUAAAACUUUGGCAAUGA